CUGAAACUGGUGUGUGCUAAUUUGGUGCCGUGAAAAAGUAUGUUCCCUUUUCUGGAAUAGUGGCUCUCUUCUCGUCACAAAGGUGUCCUAAUGAAGUAACCGAUCGGGUCGUUCUGUUGUUGACCUUCCAACGAUAACCGCUAGGUGGCAGCAGAGCUCAAUUCCUGAAGGUCGCUGCACUUCCACCUGAAGCUAAAACAAAUGCGCUAUUAAAGUCAAAUAAUGAACAAUAAUCACCAUAAAUCGCCACCGUAGAGCCUCGACCUCGGUUGACCGCAGCGUGUGCGUGUCGAGUGGGAGGGUCCGCGGCUGGCUGCGUGACAGGUUUUGUCCUACUGCACGGCCCCCGCGCCGCCACCGCCGCACUCAUUCCGCGAGCGGGUGGCUCGGUGACAGGAGCGUCAUGAUUCCCGGACACCCUCGCGACCUGCUCGCCGCCGUCACAUGGCUGCUGCUCCUCUCCGGAGCCUCUCCGCGGUCACACCGGCAGGAGGACGCCCGCUUCGGGGACAGUGAAGAUUGCUCGGAUAACAUCUCCACCACCAGGUACUCCUGCGUCAAGUCCAGUGGGGAAGUUGCAACAUGUUACAGAAAGCAGUGCUGCCGGGGCUUCAAGUUCGUGUUGGGCCAGUGCAUUCCUGAAGACUACGACGUGUGCGCCGGCGCUCCCUGCGAGCAGCAGUGUAGUGAUCACUUUGGCCGCGUGGUGUGCACCUGUUACCCCGGCUACCGUUACCACCGCGAGAGACACCGGAACCGCCAGAAGCCCUACUGCCUGGACAUCAAUGAAUGCGGUGACACCAAUACGACGGCGUGCUCCCAACUCUGCAUCAACACGGUUGGGAGCUUCCGUUGCGAGUGCUAUCCAGGCUUCUUCCUGGGGGAAGAUGGGCGAACAUGCAGCAAAGAAAAGAGAGCGCUGCAUCAUAUCGUGGAGAAAUCUGACAAUGUGAUGAACACGGGGACCUGCUCGGCCACGUGCGACGACUUCCAGCAGAUCAAGGCCACCGUUUUGCAGCUGAAACAGAAGAUACUGUCAAGCAGUCCUGAUGUUCCAGAGCAGAGGACCAACGAGAAAAUCCCAGCUGCCUUUUUAACGGGACCACCGGGUCUGCCUGGUCCACCAGGAGAUCCAGGACCAACGGGACAGCCAGGUCUUGUCGGACAGUCGGGGCCCCCGGGCCCUCCCGGACCAAGGGGCCUGAUGGGUCCCCUGGGGCCCACACCAGACUUGUCCCACAUCAAACGAGGCCCUCGCGGACCUGUGGGGGCGCCGGGAGCGCCGGGAAAAGACGGACACCAGGGUGAGCGAGGAGCACCCGGGCCUGUUGGACCUCCGGGCCCUCCAGGCUCUUUUGACUUCCUGCUGCUCCUCAUGGCCGACAUCCGCAAUGACAUCGCCGACCUGCAGAUCAAGGUGUACGGCCGAGCGCCCCUCUACCCGGGGGAGGAGCUCCCCGCGACGCCCGGCCCCUGGCGAGACGGCCAGGAUGCGGGAUCGGGUGAGGACUUUCGAGAGACUCUGCCGCCGCCGCCGCCGCCGCCGCCGCCGCACUCCAAGAGGACCCGCAAGAGGAAGCCACCGCGAGGCACAACCAACAGCAAUGGAUUCUAAAUACUCAAUGUGAGGUGUACAUUUUUUUAAUAUUAUUUAACUAUUAACAGAACGUAUCGUAUGCCUUUUGGGUCACAGAUAUUUAUUUUUCUAUGACAUAUAUAUGCAAGAUGAUGGUUGUUUUUGACGUCCUUCCCAGCACAUUGAAAUGAAAGAACUUUACUAUACGUCAUCUCGUUCGGGUUAUUAUUGGCAGUAACAUUCUUUGUACUUGAUUUAUUUAUCAUUCUCUUAUUAUAGUAUUGUUUGUUAAAAUCACGUGAUUCCUAUUUUUUAUCAUAAAGCACAUAUCUCACAGAACCGCACGUUUUGUUUUGGGGGGGUUUUUGCUGGGUCAGCGUUUGUUCAACGUUGCAAAGACGUUCGCCAGACAUUCCCAAACAGUUUUUCUUGUCACCAUCGAAUUUUGAACAUUUCUUUUGCGACGAGAAAAACUGUUUGGGACCAUUGAAAUUGUCGGCGAACGUCUUUGCGACAGUUUGUGACAUUGAAUGACCCCUGAUGAAAAAGCAACAUUCCGUGGGUGCGCAUAAACCUGCGAACUUUCGCCGCUCAGUGACAUACGGCUUUCAAUUAUCGUACAAGAGUGCUCGCCUGCUGUUCGGGUGGAUGGAGACCAAGCCCCGCCGUGAAUAGCCAAAAUCUGUGAAUAAUUGAUUAUCCUUGACCAAAACCAACAUUUUUUUAGCUCUGCGAAGGCAUCGCUGCGAAUCAACUAUUGAUUUUAUUUGUACUUUUGAACAUGUACGAGAAAGCAGUCUAACAAUUACGUCAAAUCGUCUUCGAGAUUGAUGCCAGGUGUAAGAUGAGUCCACUGUGAUGCUUUGUCGCCGUAGUAACAGCAAAACAACUGGCGGAUGAUAAUGUAAAUGUUUUUUUUUUUUUUUUUUUUUAAGGGUCGUUGACAUGCUUCCCAGUGCUGCGGUAAAUCUCCGCUUCACACCGCUGAUGUAAUAUCACACGUGUUAAUCGUUUAUGCACUUAAGACUCUUCGCGGUACAAAUGAUAACAACGUGACUAAUGUCAUAUACACACAGAGGCGCGCACACACAUUUCAGCCUGAUAGCGUGACAUGUAACAAUUCAAAGUAUUGUUAUUCUUUGCUUUUGCUGCCUUUGUGUCUGUUUCCCCCUCCGCCGCUUGUAAAUGUACAACUUUAUUCCCAUGAACUAAAGAUUUGAUUGCAUUAUACUUUCUCAACCAAAAAAGGCGGUGUAUGUUUCUAAAAUCAUCAUUUUCAGAGGGGAAAAAAAAAAAAUUCUGGCAAGAUUACAUUUUUAGUUUCGUAACACAGUGCACUCUGUUGUUGGAUUGUUUUCCAGAGGAAGACACUCACAAGGUCAAAGUGUUGAAUUGGUCUGUUGACGGACCAAUUCAACAAAAGUUAGGAAAUCGAGUGGUACUUUGACUUAUUGGUGUUCUCAAUAGUACUAAUACAGCGGUACUAGUACAGGGGUCUGCAACCUGCGGCUCUAGAUCCACAUGUGGCUCGUUCAUCUGCCCGCUGUGGGUUCCCCACCGUGACUUUGGAAAAUAAAUAUUUAAUUUGACACUGUUGACUAUUUUGUUUGGAAGGAAGCUUUAACCGUGCGGCUUUUGUUUCGGGGUUCAAAAUGUUUUUGUUACAUGCAGGGAUAUAAUGUUUUUGCUCGUCCUAGCUUUUUUGAUUUGACAGAUACAACACAUUGUAGUUUAUCAUACAUGUUGACAUACAUAUAUAAGUAAUAAGUGAGAGAGAGAGAGAGAGAGAGAGAGAGAGAUAUCCUUUUGCCAUCUAAAAUGAGGAUUGCACUGUCUCUCUUUCUUUAGAUGGCAAAAGCGUUUUGUGGCUCCUGGUAUUUUAUUUUCUGUGAUCGACGCCCGGAAUGUCUCUGACUGAGUUGCUGAUUUUUUUUUUCUUUGGUUUGGUUUAUAGCCAACCCCCAUUUUGGUGAAAAUCGCAUAUUGGAGGUUUAUCAGGGGUGUUUUUGUCAAUUAUCAUCAAUUUUGUCGAUUAUACACGAAUUUUCGCUAUUUACAGGCUGGGAUGGCCCCUGUCUCCCGAAUAACGGGGGAUCCACUAUAUGUCAGCUCAUUUGUUUUUCCAUUCAAAUAAACUGAAAUGACAUUUAUCCCAGCACCCCACCCCCCCCCCAAAAAAAACAAUUUGAAUUGUGUUUGUAACUCAGAGAAAAUGCACUGUAAUUUGUAAGAAGUAAUAAAACAUUUU